CACAAAUUACAUUCACAUAUGAAUCCACAAGCAAGAUUCAACAGAUACCAAAAUUAGGAACGAUAAAGCAUACCAUAACGAUCCCAACUUCGCACUUGAUGCCAAUCAUCAUUCUGAAACAACAGAAAAAAAAAAUCUUGAGGAAAUUGAAAUUGCAAGCUAAAUGCACAACAAAAUAGAAAUAGAACAAACCCACUGUUAUUGACGACUUUGGCGGCGUACUUGAUCUGGAAAACUCUGCCUCAUCCUUCUUCUUUCUUCUUCUGAUUCUUUCUCUCUCUCUCUCUCUCUCCUCGCUUCUUCUUCCUCUCUCAAACCCAAAUCUCAGUUUUCCUGAAACCCAGAUCUAGGUUUCAUCACAUAAAUUUGGGUUGUGGUAAUAAUCCAUCUGCGUCAAGCAACGACCAUCACCAGGACCAUCAUUGACACCAAUCUGAGAGAUCCUUGGUGGAAUGCCACUCACGCGACCUUGAACCAACAUUUCGUCCGUUGAAGAGGAAAUCUAACCACCAGCAUGAUCGUGAGUGUGAUCGUCACUAUGAUUACGAUGACCGUGAGAAAGACCAUGAUCGCCACCACCAUCACCACCGCUCAGAGUCCUCUACAAAGCCCAGGACUGAAGCAGCCACUAAAGUCACUUUUGUAUCUCCAACAACAACUGCCGCAAACAAGAAGCAUAAGGGGAGCAUCUUCUCUUGCAUAAGUUUCCCUGAGGAAGAGGCCAAUAAGAGACGCAAGCUGUCCUCUUAGCCUUGAGGGAUUGAGGGAUUUGAUUUUGUUGGUUUUAAAGGAUAAUAACAAAAAAGGGAGCCUUGAGAAAUAUGUUCGCAUUUUCUUAAAAUUGAAUAUUGUUUUCAAUUAAAAUAGAAAAUUGGGG